UUAAUAUUUUAAAAAUAUAUACAUUAUAAGAUUUCAGAGGAGUGAGAUGGACUGUAGUUGUGGUGGAUACCAUAGCAUUUCAGUGGGUAUGGCGACAAGGGGCAGUUGAGGGUUGGGGAUGUUGUCGUCAGCGCAAGGCGCGUGGCAACUGGAAGCACCUCCGCUACUAUUGACGGCUCGUUCUCGCACGCGUAAUUCAACCAUUGCAUUCUUUCGCCGGAACGGUUCGUCAGACAAGAUGUUGAACGCGAAGCGGCCUCACUUCUUCGAGGUUUUUAACCGUAGUCUGAGCUCUGAACGACUGAAAAUCCCGGCAAGGUUUCUCAAACAUAUGGAAGGCAGAACAUCUGGAUCAGUUUCAUUAAUAGGUCCUAGUGGGAAGACCUGGCAUGUUGACUUGAUUCUGGACGGUGACGGUUUAUUCUUGCAAGAUGGGUGGCCAACGUUUGUGGGAGAUCAUUUUAUAGAAAGUGGUGACUCUUUGGUUUUCAGAUAUGAUGGGAAUUUGAAUUUCACUGUUCAAGUUUUUGAUACAAGUGCAUGUGAGAAAGAAGGUGCAUUUUGUGCCGAAUGCAGUCAGGAUGAGAGCAAGCUUAAUUAUCAUGUGGGGGACAGGAGAGAAAGGGAUACAGCAGCUGUCUUGUUAUAUAAAAUUUUUGAAGGAGUGCCAAAGAAAAUGAGAGGGAUUCCAAGCCAUGUUUCUUCAGAUUGCAUAACCAACAACAGGGAGGCCAAGGUGGAUUUAUCUCCUAAGAAAGUGCGUCCGCGUGAGGAGUUACUUGCGACUGAAACAUGUAAAGGGGCAUCCUCUGAAGAAACAAAGAAAUCUAGCAUGCCAAUGAAGAAUUCUAUGCCCUCAAUAUCAACUGCUUGUGAUGAGAAACCUGAAGAAAUCAUCAGGAAAAGAACCAGCAAGGACAGCUGUCUUGGUUUACAUGCCAGAGGUUGUAUGUUGAAAAAGUUGUCAGCACGUGAAGAAAAAAAGGCAGCUCAGGCAUUCAAUUCCCAUUUUCCAAAUUUUGUGAGAAUUAUGAAAAGGUUCAACAUCAGUGGUUCUCACACAUUGAAAAUCCCAUAUCAGUUUUCUAAGGCACAUCUUCCCAAAUGUAAAAUAAAGAUUGUCCUCUGUAAUGCAAAAGGAGAAUGUUGGACUGUGAAUUCUAUCCCAACUACGGGAGUGCAUACUAUUCACACUUUAUGCGGAGGGUGGAUGGCUUUUGUCCGCGGUAAUGACAUCAAAAUGGGAGAUACUUGUAUAUUUGAACUUGUGCGCAAAUGUGAAUUGCGUGUGCAUAUUCUUGGUGCUGGAGAGGACGGGCUAGACUGUAAGAGUGGGAAUGCAGCUUCGACCACUUCACAUAAAGCUUGUGAUGAGCUGAAUUUGACACUAAGCUCUUCUCAAGGCCAUCUUGAAUGCUUACAUGAAACAGAAAUAUCUGAUAAGAAAGGGUUCCAAAGUGACAAGGUAUUGAAAACACGUCAAGUAGUUGCUUUAUACCAUGAUAAAAUGAAACAUCAUAGUACUUCAAAAAGUUCCACCAGAUCCUCUCUAUGCUGUCAAUCAGAAGCUUGGAAUAAACAGCCAGGUUAUAUGUUGAUGUGGUCAACUCCUGAAGAAGAAAUAGUUGCUCGGUCCUUUAGUUCCCCAUUUCCUUAUUUUGUGAGGUUCAUGAAGAAGUUCAACAUUAGUAGAUCGUACAUUUUGAAAAUCCCAUGUCACUUUUCUUUGACACAUCUGCCAAAAUGUAAAACUAAGGUUGCCCUUCAUAAUUUAGAGGGAGAAUGUUGGAGUGUGAAUUCAGUCCCAGCUACAAAAGGACAAGCUGUACACACUUUCUGUGGGGGGUGGAUGGCAUUUGUUUCUGGUAAUAAUGUUAAGAUGGGGGACGUCUGCAUUUUUGAACUUAUUGGCCAGUGUGAAAUGCGGGUGCAGAUAUUGAGGAUUGGAAAGAAAGUGCCUGGACAUCAAACUGAAAAGCAUGUUGUAAUGGCUUGACUGUUGGGUCUUGUUCUGCCUAUUGGCUUUUUGUGCUGACAAGGUGAAACUGAAGAAGUUGCAGCCGCCACCAGAUACCGUCCUAGGUGAGGAUUAUGUGGCCAGCCUUGCGUUUUAUUCUUAGUUCAAUUGGUUUCCUUUAUAAUAAUAAUGGCUUGUCAAACUCUACAGGUUUGGAGGCCAAGCAAAGAGGGGGGAUAGGGUGACUUGUUCAUUAUUUAUAACUAUAUAAUAAGUUUUUGAUGGAUGAAAUCAGUGCUGAAUCAGCCUAAAUCCUUGUAUGAUUGAACAAUUCUAUGCUGUAUGUUCUUUAGUUUCAUUUGUGUUU